CUUAUACGCCUUCUUUCAUUCUCUCGGAUGCCAGCUUAAAAGUUACUUUUAUUGAAAAUAAGUUUGUGGGAAGAAAAAGUAACUUUGAAAAUCUAUGGCAAACUACGUAACCUAAAAAUAAGUAACUUAACAUGCUCGUAAUUUGCUGUUCUUGUUGAUUGAGAUAAUCACUUGUUAGUUUCUGGGGACUGGACUUGUGAAAAUGUACAGUGUAUAACUCUAGUGUUGUGUUACUUGAUAUCCCAUAGCUGCCAACACUAUGACUUUUGAAAAACCAUUGAAAUAAUAAAUAGCAGGUAGGAUUAAUGGUUAGACAAUCGCAAGUAAUUUGAUUUAUAUAAUGUAGUAAGAGCAUGUUUGGCUGUGUUUUACUAACAAAACUUACUUUUCUAGAAAUAAGUACUAACCAACUUUCUACAAAUUUAACUUUUAAGCAUUGCCAAACAUGCUUAUAAUCUCUUUGUUUUGAGGGGGCAUGGUUGGGUUGGAGGGGAAUCUACGAUGAUGUUUUCCAAUGAGUUGGAGGAGGUUCAAUUCGGUUUUAGAGUAAAUGUGGCUGGCUGUGCCCACACAAUCCUCGUUUUAGGUGUGCCGGUUACAGGUCAUUGCAGGCUGCUGGCCUCUACAACUGAGCUUGCACAUGCUAAGCCUGGACCUUCUGGCACAUUUCAACACCCUAAUAGCUAGCCAUCAAGUUUUGCCUUUCCAAUUUAUGAUGGAUUAUGCUUGCUUUGUCUCUAUAUGCUCAUUGAGAAUUCACAAUCAAAUGGCUCCUGUUUGGCAAGAUUUUCUGCGAGGAGAGAGGACGCAAUUUCUUUACAGGAUAACACUUUGCUCUAAUGCAAAAUAUUCUCAAGCCUCAUCCAGGGUAAUGGUUGAUCUGUAUCGGUGCUAUAUCUAUGAUUCUAUUUGUACGCUUCCAUGUUUCCUAAGAAUCUUAUAUAAUGAGAAAGCCCAGUUUAUACUCGACUCGUCUUUCAGCAGCAUUUUACCAAGAAAUGUGCUCUAUACUACAAUUUCAAGAAAUUCCAUUUAUGCGUGCACAUUGUUCCACACACGAAAAUUAUUCCCAAACCUAGAGUAUAGUUACCACUACCAAUCUGCUCAAGAUACAAGGGGCAAAAUUGAACUGGCUUUGCUUGUUGAAAUAGGGUCGCGUGGCGCACUGGUUGAACUGGGCCUUCAACCAGCUUUAUUAAAAUUGAACAUAUUCUGUACAAUAGUCAACUAUUACACAGAAUGAACUCGAGUUGUAUGCCUGUCAA